AAGAAGAAGAAGAAGGAGGCGGGGUUGCUCUGCUAAUUGAGAGCUGGCUGGAGAACCCAGAGUGCCUCCACCGACCACACAGCACCUUCACUAAAGAGGCUUAUCCAGGAGCGAGAGACGCGCUGAGAGCAGCCGGUGAACAAAACGAGCAGGCUGUUCACUCGAUCGUUCGCCAUUUUUUCGAGUUAAAUCAACACUGAGAUCUCAGUUUGUGUGCGCUUCACGUUUUCCAUCAGUGGGACGGAGCGAUGUCCGGCGGCGGACGGAGCGCUGGAACGCGGUGUGUUGCGCGGACGGGAUUCCUCAGCGGGGACCAGCGGCCGACUGGAAAUCACUGGUAAUCAAUUUGAAAAUCCAUACAUCACGUGUUUGUGUUUUGGACGGAAUGUGAGUGCAGCCGAGCUCCAGUCAGGAUUCUCCUCCCAGAGAUCAGUGAGGGCAUUCGCUUCAUGCUCGGUUGGCCGUAGCCUCGCAUCGGUAUUUGUACGAUCGGCCUGUUGAGGAGGACACACAGCGAUACUUUCAGGACCAUGUUUUCCUUCUUUACCUCGAUUCAUCUGAGGGUUGGUUCCGAUCGUUAACACCGACACUCCAUUCGAUCGACCCCGAGACCAAGCCGACACAGUCAUGGCUAAAAACCCGUCCGAGGGACCGAUGGAUGACCUGAGCCAGCACACGGACGAGGAGCUGCAGCGGUACAGCAAAGAUGAUCUGAUACGGAGGCUGAGGAAGGUUGACGGGGAGAAAAUGAACUUGAUGAUCGAGCAAGGGAACAUGAUGAAGGAUAUCAACCGGAGGCUGCAGGUGCACCUGCACGAGAUCCGGAGCCUGAAGGAGAUCAACCAGAAGCUGCAGGACGACAACCACGAGCUCCGGGAGCUCUGCUGCUUCCUGGACGACGACCGACAGAAGGGCAAGAAGCUGUCCCGGGAGUGGCAGCGCUUCGGCCGCUUCACCGCCAGUGCCAUGUGGAAGGAGGUGGGCACCUACAUGCUGAAGCUGAAGGAGCUGGAGGCCAACCAGGACACCGUGCUCAGGGAGAACACCGAGCUGAAGGAGAUCAUCUUCAUGCUGGACGAGGAGAGGAACGGAGCCGGGUCCAGGAGCUCCAUAGACAGCCAGUCCAGUCUGACCAACCUGAACGGGGGCACCGGCACGGUCAGGGAUGUCGGGGACGGGAGUAGCACGUCCAGCACGGGGAGCGCUGGGAGCCCCGAUCACCACAACCACAUACACAAGCCCUCAGAGAACAGUAAAGUGGGCCCCACCAUGAGGAGGUCCAUGGAUGACCUGUCAGCACCACACCAUCACAGGAGCAUCCCCAAUGGACUCAGCGAUCCCUCCUCCAACUACAUCAGACAGCUGGAGACGAAAGUGCGGAUCCUGGAGGACGAUAACACUAAGCUUCUCACACAGGCUAAUAGCCGGUAUAGCUUAUCACAGAUACAGACGAAAAAGCAGUGUAACCCAGGUGACCUCCGCGUCCUGAGGAAGGGGAUGACCCUCUACCACUCCGAGUCUCAGCUGUCCUCACUGCCCCAGCGCCAGGACGCCAUGCACAUGGGAACAGGUCGUCUCCCGACCAGCGAGUCCUCCCCUGCCACAGGCUACUUGUCCUGUGUCCAGAAGCCAGAGGCUGUGGUGCACGCCAUGAAGGUGCUGGAGGUCCACGAGAACCUGGACAAGCAGGUUCCUGAGGACUACGAGGACGAUCUCAGUGAGAAAGAGAAGGCCAUCGUGCGAGAGAUGUGCAACGUGGUGUGGAGAAAGCUGGGAGAUGCGGCGGGAUCAAAGCUGUCCGUCAGACAGCACCUCUCUGGGAACCAGUUCAAAGGGCCGCUGUAGCACAGCAGCCGGCGAGAGAUGGAGGGAGAAAGAGCGAGAGAUGGGGAUCUACAGCACCUGCACUCACCUGAAACCACCUCUUACUACCAGGACCCAUAAUGCCGUGCUCCCCACUGCCUACAGUGCUCCUUCAACAAGCACGCUAUCGACACGGGCUAAGAUAGACACAUAAACGGACCUGUUAGUCACAUGUACUUUCCAUGUUUUUAAUCUCUCAGAGCUUACAUUGACUACUGGCAGCUAGUUUCACUGAUUCGCCACAUUUCUUUGUCGCAUUUCCGAAGCUAACCAGCUCCACGACGAUCUCUCCUGUAAAACCCCUACAGACACACACAAACACACACACACAAACACACACACCACUUGUAGUCCUGCAGAGCAAAAGCUACGCUACACAAAGCCAGCGCCGUGACAUGGUUUCAAGCACAGGACUCAUUCGGCUGCAGGGGGGCGGAGUGUUCUCAGACGUUUGGACGUGAAGGCAGCGUCGUGGCCGUAUCUUCAGAGAAGUCGUGAUAGUACUGUACCUCCCAUAGAGACCCUACCCCCUGUCACAUGUAUCGCCCUCCCCCUAGUGGUCAGCGAGUGUAACUAGCAGUAGCAUUCUAAAGUGUUAACCGAGUGAAACCCACUGUGACCUAGCGCCUUUUUGCUCAUGAGACUAUGGAUAAUGAAGUCUAGAGAUCACUGUCAACUUGUGUAUAUUAUGUAUGGCACUACUUCAUUGUUAUUGUUGAUUUUACUUUUAUCUGUUUUGUAUUCUAGCGUGGCCAUGUGAUCAAUAAUCUAGUUCGAAAAAGCACACGCUGCCGGACCUUAAACAGGGUUUGGGUUAUUAACUUUAAUUUUGUUGUUAUUAUUAUUAUUAAUAUUCUCUUCCAGGUGAUUCGCUAUUAAUCCUCCUUCUGUGUAACGUCCGGAAAAAGUAUCAAGGCCAUUUGGAAUCAAACCAUCCAUGAGUUUAUUGGAUCGAUCGCUUUCUUACUUUGUGAAAUUAACUAAAAUUGUAUGCUGUGUGCAUGCUCGACAAUCAUUUUCUCAGGUUGGGAGGGCUACAGCUUUACCUUUGCCCAUCUGUGACUGUGAGAGUGUGUGUAUGUGUGAGAGAGAGAAAGAGAUUGAGAGAGUGAGUGUGUGUGCAUGUGGGUGUGUAAAAGGAAAAUGAAAGCUUCUCUUGCAGCUGUAGCAUCUGCCUGUGAAUCCUCUCUUCUGUUGUUUGAACCCCGGUUGCAGCACGGUUGAAGAAAGCUGAAGACAUUUGCUGAAUCCAUGCUAAAAGCCUCGUCCCAUUAAUGCUGAUAAAAAUGUCAAGACCAAAUACUAACCCCCCCCCCAGGUUCAGUUCUGACUCCUUUUUGGGAUCGCUCUGAGUUCUUUGGUUUUAUAUCGUCAGUAGAUGAAAAGGUCUGUUUCGGUUUAUUUGAUUUCUUCUGCUCUGACCUUUUCUGAAGUCAUGGAUUCAGCAGGUGUGUUUACGCAGCGCAUGUUUCUUAAAGUUGUUGUUUCUUAGAAUACAAGAGAUAAGUCUUCCCUUAGAUGUCUUUUUUUGAAAAACACUAACAUUUAAAAAUGAGUAUUUCUUGAUGUCAGAAUGAACAAAACGCUGUUCGUCACAGUAUUUAUUGCCAGGUGUCAGAUAGAGAUGGGAUCGCUGUCUGGAACUGCUGAGUCAUGUUGAAUGGAUCGGAUAGGUCCAUUUAAUGGCUGGCAGCUCGGGCUCUCCCACCUCUAUCGUUAUUUGUUCCAAAUUAGAACAUUUCUGAGGCUGCCUGCCAUGCACCUCUGCUCUCUCAAAUAAUGGGUCAAAAUAAUAAUAAUGAUAAAUCAAAGUAUGUUUUUAAAAGUGUCCUUUUUUCUAGGAACUGAUUUGAAGCCAUGAUACAAUUUUGAAUACUUUCUAUAUAUAAAUAUUCUAUAUAUAUGGCAUUUGAUUUGAGAUGUGCCACGUUUUUCUGCAUGGUGAUUUGAUUUGGUAUUUUUUAACAAACAUCUAUAGUGUUUCUUUUCUUUCUGCCUAUAUGCUAAAACCACAGUAAAGAAUCCUAGAGUCUACAGCGUCAAUAAAUGUCAAUUCCUGCAAUAACU